CCACUUCGCAUCCUGAUCCGAUCGGAGAAUUCCCCGCCCCUCCAAGGAUGGCUCGAGAUUAUGACCAUUUGUUCAAGCUGGUGUUGAUUGGCGACUCGGGCGUCGGCAAGUCGUGCCUGCUGUUGCGGUUCGCCGACGACGCGUUCACAGAGAGCUACAUCACGACGAUUGGCGUCGACUUUCGUUUCCGCACGGUGAAAAUCGACAAAAAGACUGUCAAGCUACAAAUCUGGGACACAGCAGGCCAAGAACGAUUCCGCACAAUUACUAGUGCGUACUACCGCGGCGCGGAUGGAAUCAUCAUGGUCUACGAUGUGACGAGUCAGGAAUCAUUCGAUCACGUAAAUGACUGGCUCAACGAAGUAAAUCGAUAUGCGAGCGAGGGAACGUGUAAGUUAUUGGUCGGGAACAAGAGCGACAUGAGCACGAAGAAGGUCGUGUCGUUUGAAAGUGCCAAGGCAUUCGCAGACAGCCUUGCGAUCCCAUUCUUGGAGACGAGUGCGAAGAAUGCGCAAAACGUCGAGGAGGCUUUCCUCACCAUGGCGUCGGAACUCAUCACGAUUCGGGAAAUGGUCGGGAGCAGCACCAAAACUCACGGCACGACGCUCACGAACGACGCGACAAAGCCGUCCGGGUCCAACUCGUGCUGCAAUUAGGUGGCGCGAGGCGACGGCUCUUUGGCCUCGUCCUUCUUUCUAUUGUAUACCCGAUCGAUUCGUGCUCUUCAAUAUGGUCUUGCG